AUGGUUGAUGUGCGUGAUGGAAAGCUUUACAUAGGUGUAGAUAAAAAGGAUUACGCUUACAACCCCAAGGAUGGUACAUGGAAACUUGUAACAGACCAACCUAGUUCCUUAUUGGACUCCUCCUUAAUAAUUUCGUAUGAGAUAGAGAAUGUAUUAUACGGCUGCACUUUCUCUGGAGUAUUAAUGUGGUUUGACUCUAAGAGUAGUGAGGGUGGAGAGUGGAGACGGAUUAAAGGUUUGGGAAAACUUCGUAAGCACGGUACAAGGGGUUUACGAAAUGGGAGAGAGUUUGACAUUGCUAACGAUGGUGGGAAACUUUUAGUUAUGUGGAAGCGUUCUGGUGACAAACCAAUUUGGUAUGCAAGGAUUUCUUUAGAAUCAAGAUGCAAUGGACGUGAGGUUUGGGGUAAUGUUGAGUGUGUCGAUGUGCUUACAUUUCCCGUCGAAUCAUAUGAAUCAUUUAGUUGUUUAGAAGUUGGGGUUUGA